AUGCCAAUCGCAUGUAGAAUCUUCAUUAAUAUAAUGAGCACAUGGAAAUUAUUACAGCGUCGAUGUUACGAUUUACUCUCGUACAAAUAUUCAUUGUUGGUGAUAUUAAUGGCAUUUACCUGCAUUUUUAUCGGCAUCAUUCACUUCGGAGAGAUUUGGGUUGCUUGGAGUAAGGAAAAGUACGAAGCGGUAUUUCAUUCAUUUAAUGAUAAUAUAUUGGGUAUCUCUUUUCAAAAGAAACUGUGUCAGCAUGUCCCAAUAGAUGUUGUAUAUACUUGGGUAAAUGGUUCAGACCCCACUUUUUUAAAGAGUCUCAAAGAACAUGUUCCUAUUUUGGACAUUAACACGGCAGCUUCUAGAUUUAGUGACAAAGAUGAAUUGAGAUAUUCGUUACGUUCACUGGAAAUGUAUGCACCAUGGGUCAGACAUGUGUACAUUGUCACCAACGGCCAAAUACCCAGUUGGUUGGAUAUGGAUAAUCCUAGAGUCACCCUAAUUACUCAUGAGGACAUUUUUUUAAACAAAAGUGAUCUACCUACAUUUUCUAGUCCUGCUAUUGAAAGUCAUAUUCAUAGAAUUCCUGGAAUUUCAGAUAAGUUUUUAUAUUUCAAUGAUGAUGUGAUGUUAGGAGCAGAAGUAUGGCCAGAAGAUUUUGUUACACAAGCAGGUGGCCAAAAAGUAUAUCUUGCGUGGUGGGUUCCUGACUGUUCAGAUGUUUGUCCUUGGGCUUGGGUAGGUGAUGGAUCGUGUGAUCCUGCUUGUAAUACAACGCUCUGUGAAUUUGAUGGAGGAGACUGUGAUAGUACACCAGUUCCUACAGAUAGUGAAGCACUUGAUGAAGAAGAUUAUCCACAAAAAUUUCUACAGGAUACCCAAGAUAAUACUAAUUAUGGAUUGAAAAUUUUAAAUAUAUUGAGAAACAAAAAUAAUUCUGUGCCGAACAGUACAGAAGCAGUAAUUCAACAAACUUUGCCACACGAGACUGUACACUCGAAGCUCAAUGUAAAUAAGUCUUUUAAUUUUAAAACCAAUAGGUACACAAGUCAUAUUGAAAGAUUCAUUAACCAACGUGGAACUGAUAAAAUCCUAUCCACUCAAAAGGCAAUGUUAUCGAAUAUGUUAAAUAAAAUGAAAUUUCCGAAUUCGAACCUUACCGAAAGACGUAUACAGCUAAAACGUUAUUUAAAUGACGACAUUUUGAAUUUACUGCAAAUUAAUAGUACCGUCAACAUAAAUAAUAAACCCAAUUAUUCUGAUCAGUGGAAACUUAGAACUAGACAACUCGAUACAUAUGCCGAAUCUCUGUUAUAUGUGAAUAAGAUAUACAAUAUGGCAUAUGGAUUCGAGCGUAGAAGAGUACCUGCUCAUAUGCCUCAUUUAAUAGACAAAUGGAUCGUUGCUGAUAUGCAGAAAAAAUUUGAAUAUGAAUUCAAGAAAACAUCUAGUCACAAAGUUAGAAACUCUGAAGAUAUGCAAUUUGCGUUCUCUUAUUUUUAUUUCUUAACGAGUGAAAAACGUAAAGUGCCAGUUGAAGAGAUAUUUGAUGCAUUUGACACAGACAAGUCAGGGACUUGGUCAGAUAGAGAAAUUAGAACACUUCUGUCCAGAUUAUAUCCACUACCUCUUGAUUAUAGUCUAGUUGUAGAAUUUGAAAAUGCAAUAACGAAUUGUUCAAAUGUCAUGAAGAUCUCAGAAAUAUCAAAUCCACCGCUUGGAGAAAGAUAUUUGGACUCAUCUCUUCCAGUUGUAUCUAAAGAAUUAAUAGCAAAAUGCAAAACAGUUUCAAAUAAGAUCGAAGUGAAGUUUGGUGAAAGGAAACACUAUCCACAUGAAGUAAUAAAGGCAGGGAAAAAUGAGAUAUUCGAAAUGUUGACAAGCAAUGUCUCUCUAACUGUGCAGCUCUUGGACGAAAUUCGUAGGGAUCCAAAAAAAUUUGUAUGUUUAAACGAUGAUAUGGAUCCUCUUCGUCGUUCAGAAAAUGAAAUUGUUCGAGCAUUGUUAAAUGAUUUUUACCGUUCACUUUACCCAUUACGCAGUACGUUCGAAUUACCUCUGCAAUAUCGAAAUCUUUUCACCCAUCGGCACGAACUUUUCGAGUGGAGAGCCAAUCGCACAAGAGCUAGGAAUCUACUACUAUGUCUUAUCGUUUUAUUGCUCGUUACAACUUUCUAUCAUUUAUUUUAUCAUCAAGUGCGACGAUUGUUUAGAAUAAGAGCACUGCCCACCCUUUUGGUGUAA